AUGAAGCAAGGGGAAGAAGUUAGCAAAUUGAGAUGCAGCCAUCUAUUCCACAGGCCAUGCUUGGACCGAUGGUUCCAAUCCCGCGGCGGCGGCGGUCCCCUGACUUGCCCGCUUUGCAGGGACAACAGCUUGUUUCGUCCCCGGGAAGCUCUCGCCGCCGCCGCCGAUGGAGUUGAGGUUUUGGAACUGAGGUUGGUCGGCGGUGGUUCGGGGGAUUCCGAUGACCGGGACUCAUGGUGGUUACGGUGA